UUUCAAGAGAUGUCUGCUUUCAAUACUAAUCCCUUUGCUGCCAAGAAAACCACAAAACACAAUCAAAGCAAUUUAUCAAAUACCUCAAAUAACAGGACACCAUUCCCUACAAGAGGUAAUUUUGAGAAACAGGGCACUUUCCACCAAAUCCAGAUGCACAGCCCUAUGAGAGACCUCAUGUUCGAGAAAUCUCGAAGUGCACAAAUGUCCGUACAAGAAAUGGGGUCAGCUCAAGAGUCUUUAUUUGAGCCGGAAAAUGAAGGCCCUCUUCCCCCUCCAGCUGAGUUCGUCAUGAAACGUGCUGAAAUCCAGGACCAGAUCAAGAAGAAUGAGUCUGAAGACAAUUUUGAAAAAGAAAACGAAACUAUCCUUAAUGAAAUGAAAGCAAUGAGAGAAGAAUCAGAACUAAUUAAAUAAUAAAUUUAAAGAACGGCCAAAAGCUGCUGGAGAAGGAAAGAAUAAGAAAAGAAUGCGUACACAGAUAAAGUCCAAGAUAUCAGCACAUUCACCUUCUUCAAGACCUCAAGACCAUAACAUAGAAAAAUCUGAACUCCCUUUAAACUUAGUGCUUGAGUCUAAAACUCAAAAUGAUCCGUUCAACUGAAGAAAGACCUCUCAAAAUGUGAAUAAGCCCCAAAAACUAUCAAAGCCAAAGAAAUCUAAAACCUCACCUCCAAAGUCAAAACCCCAAGUUGAAAAUAUCAACUCCACUGUGAAGGAGUCUAAGCCAAAAUAAGACUAAAAAGAUUCAAAAGAGACCUCAGAAAUCUACUAAGAAAGUUGAUAAAAAGUCUGAACAGGUUGAUAAAGAACGAAGAAUGCAGGAUGUCGAGGAACAGGAGCCUACAAAAGAGGUCGAAGAGCAACCUAAGGAGCUAGUAGAGGAAGCAGACCAGAUCCUUAAGGAGCCUGAUCUUGAAGAGCAAGGCAAAACUCAAGAUAUUGAUAUUUAUGAUAGGAAUAAUGAGAAAUAAGAUACUGAAACUCUAUAAAGACCUUGUUAUUGAUCAACUUGAAGACCAAAGGAAGAAUAGAAUUAAAAUGGCAGGUAGAAGACUUGUUACAAGCCUUAGUCCACAAAGAUGACCUGUUUGUACCCUACAGCCCCCUUGAAACCAUUUCACUCCGGAAGCCUUACAGAAAAAGAAUGAAGAGUAUCAAUUAGCUGAGGCUGAGAAACUGAAGCAGAAGCCAAAGCAGAUUAAGAAAAAGAAUCCUCAUAAUAAAAGUAAAAUGGAUAUGAAACAGCUCCAUGGGAGGCAACAAGUUUUAACAGCUCAUAAUAAAAUGAGAAUGUUUUCUAAAGAGGAUGAUCGAAGCAGAGACCAGCUGUCUAAUAAUUUCAGAAAUACCGGGUUCUUCAGCAAUCCUCACACCCCUGGCUCACAAGGAGAGAGGAACAAAUACUUUGGAGCUAGGUUGAACAGAUCCCAUUAUCACAAUAAUCCUGAAAAUAGUGACUUCUUCCCAGAAGUUGAUGCCUCAGACAACCCAAAAAUUAAUAAUGUUAAAAUAAGGAUUCAGGGAAAGAAGCAGAAGAUAAUGUGGGGCAACCUCAAUAGUAGUUUACCUAAUGCUGCUGAUAAAUCUAAAAGGAAUAAGUCUGACUUCAGUAUGCGUGACACUCGAAGACAUGCCAAACUCCUUGCAAAGAUAGAGAAAUACAAAGAAGAUAAGAUCCUCCAAGAGCUUAAAAUGAUUGAAGUUGAAAAGAUGAAAACUGCCAAAAUGAUGAGAAUUAGAAGAAUCAAAGAGCAAAAACGCAAAGCUUAUCUUGAUGAACAGAAAAAUUAAACUCAUUGAUUAUCACAAACGUAGGCUUGAACAAAAAGUAGAGGAAGAGAAGUCUAAAGAAAUCGAGAAAAAGAAGGAACAGAUGAAACUUCAUAAGUCAAGAAGAUAUUUCUCCAUACAAAAAUAAGAGAUUGAUAGAGUACCACCAGCGAAAAGAAGUCACAGAGUCCAUCCUCGGAAUGAAUAUACAAGAUAGCACCAAGCUUGAGCUCAAUAAUUUCUCUCCCUUAGCAACACCGAACAAUAUUGUCCCAAUUAAUAUGAAGAGUAAUAGCAAAGGAUCUCUAAAGAGUUCAUCCAGGAAGUCCCCUAAUAAGACUUCCUCGCAGGCAAAAAUAGAGAUUCCAAAACUCCCAAUUAAAGAAAUUCAGAAGAAUGACCCUAACGAGUCUGUUCCCAAGAAGAGUAUAGAAGAAGCCAAGGACAAUAUAGAAAAAUAG